GCCCGCACAGCCGCGCACACAACCGCGCACCCCGCGGCCACAGCAGGGCCCCGCGCCGCAGCAGCCGCAGCUCCCAGGGCCCAGCCCUUGCGGGCGCCCGCGCUCUCGGGGCGGACUCCAGCCCUGCGCGCUCUCGCGCCCGGCAAUGGCUCUGCCCAGCUACUUCUUACUACUGUGCAGCCUGGGAACGGCGCUGGGCAGCUACCCCAUUUGGUGGUCCCUGGCUGUCGGGCCCCAGCACUCUUCCCUGGGCACACACCCUGUGCUGUGCGCUAGCAUCCCUGGCUUGGUGCCCAAGCAGCUGCGCUUCUGCAGGAACUACGUGGAGAUCAUGCCCAGCGUGGCAGAGGGCGUGCGGCUGGGCGUCCAGGAGUGCCAGCACCAGUUCCGUGGCCGCCGCUGGAACUGCACCACUGUGGACAGCCUGGCCAUCUUUGGCCCUGUGCUGGACAGAGCCACCCGAGAGUCAGCCUUCGUGCAUGCCAUCGCCUCGGCUGGCGUGGCCUUUGCUGUGACGCGUUCCUGUGCUGAGGGCUCCGCCACCAUCUGCGGCUGCAGCAGCCGCCACCAGGGCUCCCCAGGCGAGGGCUGGAAGUGGGGUGGCUGCAGUGAGGACGUUGAGUUUGGUGGAAUGGUGUCUCGCGAGUUUGCAGAUGCCCGGGAGAACCGGCCGGAUGCCCGCUCAGCCAUGAACCGCCACAACAACGAGGCUGGGCGCCAGGCCAUUGCUAACCAUGUGCACCUCAAGUGCAAGUGUCAUGGGCUGUCUGGCAGCUGCGAGGUGAAGACCUGCUGGCGUGCACAGCCUGACUUCCGCGCUGUAGGUGACCUCCUCAAGGACAAGUACGACAGCGCCUCAGAGAUGGUGGCCGAGAAGCACCGGGAGGCACGCGGCUGGGUAGAGACACUGCGGCCACGCUAUGCCCACUUCAAGGUGCCCACUGAGCGUGACCUGGUCUACUACGAGGCCUCACCCAACUUCUGUGAGCCCAACCCCAACACUGGCUCUUUUGGCACACGUGGUCGUGCCUGCAACGUGAGCUCCCCUGGCAUUGACGGCUGUGACCUGUUGUGCUGCGGCCGUGGCCACGACGCACGUUCUGAGCGGCGCCGUGAGAAGUGUGGCUGCGUCUUCCACUGGUGCUGCUACGUGAGCUGCCAAGAGUGUGCACGUGUGCUUGAUGUGCAUACCUGCAAGUAGUGCACCAAGGGCGGAGGCACGGGAGGGUACUCCAAGAGCUGACAGGAUGUGUCUGCACUCCACCCGCACACCUGUGAGUACCCACUCCAGAUGCCCACACAAGCCUUGGGUACCAUGAGGGCUGGGUCAUGGUUGGUCCAGGGAGUGUCCCUUGGCCGAUGCUCCAGCCCUGGCCACUGUGAAGGACCCCGCUCCAGCAGGGGAGGGACCACCCUGUGCUGAGAGUUUUGCAUUCUUGGUUUUAAUUCUAACUCUGAUGCUGCUGCACCCAACAUCCACUGGAGUUGGACACACAUGUGUGGUUAUGUUUUUUUUUUUCUUUCUGUGAAAGAAAUUAUUCUAGCAAUAGGUUGUGAGUUCUAAACACUGGAGAAAGUAAAGAGGUUUCA